GUAAAUAAAUUUUCAGAUAAUCAAUUUCAUAAAGAUAUAUGAAAUAAACGAAAAUAAUGCAUGUGAAUAAGAACAAAACUUAUUUAUGAAAUUCGGAAUAGUGUAACUCAGCAGAUUACAGGGAAAAAAAACCUUUUUACCUCAUUUCCAGUUGCCCAGCAAUAUUUUCUACCGAUUCAUUGUAGAUCUCGCCCAAACCUCAGCUGUCAAGAUAAGGGUAAUUGCUUUCAGGUGCGUUAAAGGGUUCCCCUGUAACGGGCUUGGUUUAAUACUCCCUUGGCAUGAUAUAGCUGUUUUCUCUAGGCGUUUUUCUGCUGAGGGAGAUUACUAUUUUUCCUGGUAUGAAGAAGGAUUUUUCCUUAUUUUUAAAAUCUUAAAUUUCUUUACUUUUUACUGAUUUAUCCCCUCUUAUACGAGAAUAAGAGGUGAAUAAGAAAGCUUUUCUCCCUAAAAAUCCCUUGCGUCUCCGAAAAAUUCCGCAAGUUUCACUCUCCAACUAAAGGAAGAAUUAAUCAACUAUGACGCUUAAAAGCGAGGUAAAUCGGUUUUCCAUUUGAAACCCUUUAUCGUCUUUGGCAUCAUACAGAUUUGGUGAGUAAUGAUCUGCAGGAGAAGGGGUUCUUUUUCAAUAGAGAUCCUCCGCCCACUCCAUCAAUUAUUCAGGUAGGGGAGAAACUUUUGGGCAAGACCUACAAGACAGCUUUUCUACCAAUUUGCAUGAUUCACUGAGAAAAAUUUUUAAAUUCUAUAUAGUAUUAAAAAUCAUUUUGAUAAAUGUUACAUGAAAUUAAUUUUUCCUCUAGGGAUACAAACUAUGCUACUGGAAAAGCUGUGGAAUAAUUUUCCAAGAAAGGAAUUUCCGGACAUGAAAUUAGUUGUUAAAAUGAAUGGAGAUUCUAUGACGUUCCAUUGUCACAAAAUCAUUCUUUCUAAAGCCAGCGAAGUAUUCAAGGAAAAGUGUUAUACUACCGAUAUCAUAACAUUUACAAAUAUAAAGCCAAAUAUUUUGUUCUUGAUGUUAAGUUAUAUUUACACUGGCGACUUCAACACAUGCAGCGUACAAGCAACAGAAGACUUAAUGCUCAUUGCAUCGACUUAUGAAUUAACAAGUUUGUAUGAAAAAUGCAUAGAGUUCCUGAUGGACAUUUUAGACCUAUCUAAUGCCUGCAGUCUUUUGGAGUUGGCGAUCACACAUUCCAUUCCCAAACUCUAUGUAAACUGUCUCGUGAUUUGCGUGAAUGCCGGAUUCAUCAUAUUAGAUUCCGAAGACUUCAACCAAAUACAAACUUCAACAAUUACCACAAUCGUAUCUCAACCCCAACUCAACGUGAACGACGAAUCUGAAGUCAUCUACGCUCUUUGGAUGAGGGCCACCAUCGAUGCCUACAGAAAUCGCCAAGAGCCGAUUUAUGACGAUAUUAUUAAGUUUUUUGAGCCUUAUUCCACUUACAUAAAUUACGAAGACAUUGAAGUAAGAGAUAUUAAGGCAUACAAAAAUGAGCAUUUGAUUCAGUUUUUUCAAUCGCAAAUAACUGGGAUGAGCAAAAAGGGAGUAGCGCCCAAAAAAAGAAGACUACAAAUGCCGUUAAGUCUGCCGGCAAGAUUUUUCUAUACUUAUCAAGUUGAGGACAUAAAUCAUGUAAGCAUAUUGAAGAGUGACGAAUUAAACAUAUUUACUUUAUCUUAUAACUGCUAUUUAUGUGAAUUUACAAUAGCUUAUUGCUUGAUAUCCAACUUAUUAGAAGAUAGCGUGGUAUCCGUGAGCCUUGAAAGUAAAAAUGCUACUAUGUUUAGAUGGGAUAAAAAAGAAAACAUUUCAGUUGCAGGCGUAUAUGCACAAGAUAAAACCAUCCAUACACCAGAUGGACCUUUGUGGCUAAAAGAAUUUCAGUUUACAAUUUUAAACUUGGUAAAACUGACGAGCAAUACUGCUUACACUUUGCAGUUUGAAUCAUCGUGUGAUAACCUGCUAUGGCCAGUUUUUGAUGCCCAGGAAGAUAAGUUGCUUAAGGUCAAGUCAUCUAGCAUGAAAGGUUUUACUAGUAUUAAAUUACUUCCUUAUUAUUAAAUAAUGAACAAAAUAUAGAGUGCUAUAUUAUGUAAUGACCACCCUUGUUAAAAAAAAACGUCUGCACAAUAGGGGUUACAAACUAUCAAUAAAAAAAUCUAAUAAAUUAAAACUAAAAAAAAAAACAGAACUGAAAUCAUCAAAAUCAGUUUAAUUGCUGGAGGAAAUAGCGGAGUUGUCUAGUGAUUUUAGGAAACACUUCCAAGUUUUCUUUUUCCUGCCUUUAUAGUAAUUCACCAGAUUUUCUUAAAGUUUUCUUUUCAAGUAAUAAUA